AACUAUCAUUCUAAAAGACUGGCCACGCUAAAGAAAGAGAUGAAAAAAAAAAAGAUUUCAGCCGGCGAAUACUAGUGCGCCAUCUGGCCAAUGAAACCUCACUACAUAUACCUGAUACAACAGAACAAUUCAGGCCGUUUCCCGCAUGCCUCAGCCCAAGCGUUUCCUUCUAUGGACGUGUCUGAUUUGGCGUCAUGAGCAAACACCGAAAUCCGCCCCGUCCCCUAAUUCCUAUGUUUCAUGCGGACCCGCAUUCCUGGUGUUUCACUCUGGCUCGAGGUGUGCGGGUGCGUCGGGUUAUGUGCCGCCAGCCGGCAAUCGAGCUAGCAAGCCAGGGUCUAAGAUCUGUGAAAAGCGGCUCCAAAUGGCCCCAGUUUCCUCCGUGUGGCCAUCUCUGUAUCAUCUUCUAUUUCCUAUGUAUGAUUCUCUAUUUCUGAAGUAGCAUUCCCCUUGGAGCGGAUGGAAACGCUGCAGGUGGAGAGGCUGGCGAACUACCCUACAAAGAGUACUCCGGACCAGAG